GCAAUUUUCCCCAAAUAUUUCUUAUUUCCCUCUCAUAUAAAACUCCAUUCCUUAUCCCCUAGCUGCCGGCUUCAGUCACAAAAUCUCCGGCCAACUUUCCGGCAAGCGUCUUGGCAGGCUUAAUCUGAAACAGUGGAAAUCAGAGAGAAACCGAGGGAAAAAACAAAAAAGUAAUGGCAAAACCAUCACAACCAAUUCGAAAUGAGAAGGAGAUAAAAGAGACUGAUACUGCGGCAUCCACCAACAAUAAUGAGAGCAGCAAAAAGAAGGUGACAAGAAAGUUGCCAAGCGCGAGAGAGCUUGUAUCACACUAUGAAUCACAAGGCAUUGACUCUCAAGAAGCUUCCUUUAAGGUCAUUGAGGAUCUCCAGGGUGCUCUUUUCAGGGUGAUCAGCACCUCUCGAAAUGACAAGAAUCGCAAUAAUAAUAGGAAUGUGUCAUCUGAAACCUCUAGAAAACUCGAUGUUAUCAAUGCUCGACUGCUCAGCCUUGACAUGAAAGUUGAUUCCAAGCCAGGCUACCCUCAAACCCUCGCCAUCGGGAUGGCCUCUGGUGGCCUUCUUCAAGUGCUCCCUCGUGUUGCAGAAUCGCUUGUCCAAAUCUGGAACUCUGUUAGAAAUGCUACCAACUCAAAACAGUAAUAGACCAAAAAUCUUGUUGGUUAGCAAUGCUCUCUUGUAGUCAUGGUUUUUCUACUUCUGAAGUAGAGUUUUGUUGAACUUAUGAUAUGCCAAAAAAAUAGAAAAUUGUUCUCUUAAGGCCCUUUCUUUUAUGAGCAUUGUUCAACCUAGUGUCAUGUAUCACAGAUUUGGCUGAUAUGCAGUUGUUGUCACUCAAAGAUUAUGGUCUUUAUUUCUGAUGAGCGUAACGUUUGCAU